AACUUGGAAUGGACACAUUUGUUUUCCCGGGAUAGAACUAACUACAAGAUGACACCGUGCUACUGUUUGCCUGUUUUUUUAAAUUGACUUUUAUUAGUAUUUCUGGAUUUUAGGUAGCCUUUCUGGGGGAAAUUCUAUUAAUCUGAGAUUGAAAUCGGACAUAUGGACGUAUUUUUGUGCAUGAAGGAUGAGUUUUGCGUGCAGCUUGUGAAACAGUCCUCUAAGUAUGCUUUUGCUGUUACUGACAACAAUAGAGAAGAAGCUGAAGAGCAGCUUUGCUGAAUAAAAUUUAGAUUCAUUUUGAAAUUGUAUCCUCUCAGCAACAAAAAGAAGAAUAACUGGCUAUCACAGAACUAUCAACUGAUAUGUGGGGAUCAUCCCCAGACUCUGGCCUUGAAACUUAAACAGCAACAAGCACGCAGACGGACGGAACGAUCACUUCAACUGUGGAGACGGGCAGCGUGCUGUCCAAAGACCCAGCCUGACGCACGGAGACGGACAGACAGACAGACAGUCUGAUGCCAACUGUCUCCACUGUCAAUCUCACGGCACCACUCCUCCUCCUGUUGCUAUGGGCAACCCACCCCACCAUGGCAACCAACUGGCUAUCCCUGGCGAGGCUGCCGCGCUCCCGGCCCGUGUCUGGUGCUGCCCAGUGUGCACGGCUGAGGGGGCUGACCCCAGGCCAGGUGGGGGUGUGCAGAGCACGGGGGGAGGUCAUGGAGUCUGUACGCAAGGCAGCAGAGAUGGUCAUAGAAGAGUGCCAGCACCAGUUCAGGAAUCGCCGCUGGAAUUGUUCCACCACCCCACGUGGGAUAAAUGUAUUUGGCAGAGUGAUGAACCAAGGCACUCGGGAGGCAGCCUUUGUGCAUGCUCUCUCCUCAGCAGCUGUGGCUGUGGCAGUGACCCGAGCCUGCACCCGCGGGGAGCUGGAGAGGUGUGGCUGUGACAGGAAGGUCAGGGGAGUCAGCCCAGAGGGUUUCCAGUGGUCGGGGUGCAGUGACAACCUGUCCUAUGGUGUGGCUUUCUCUCAGACAUUUGUGGAUGACCCAGAGCGAGCCAAGGGGCUGUCAGCAGGCCGGCCGCUCAUGAACCUCCACAACAAUGAAGCCGGUCGAAAGGCCAUCCUUCAUAACAUGCAGGUUGAGUGUAAAUGUCAUGGUGUGUCUGGCUCCUGUGAGCUAAGGACCUGCUGGAAGGUCAUGCCUCCAUUCAGGCGUGUGGGUGUUGUGCUCAAGGAACGCUUUGAUGGAGCCACAGAGGUCCGCCUGACUCGUAUAGGAUCCAGGACAGCCUUGCUCCCCCGAGACCCACAAGUUAAACCCCCUGCUGCCCGAGACCUUGUGUAUCUUUCACCCUCCCCAGAUUUCUGCCAUCUCGACCCUGACAAUGGUAUUCCUGGGACUGCUGGCAGAAGAUGUAAUGGAACAUCUCGGUUGGCACCAGAUGGCUGUGAGCUGGUGUGCUGUGGGCCAGGCUACAGAGCAGGCCGGGCUGAGGUGGUGCAGCGCUGCUCCUGCAAGUUUUCCUGGUGCUGCUCGGUGCGUUGCCAGCAGUGCAAGAAUACAGUCACCAUUCACACCUGCAGAGUCUAAGAAGCCACUCAACAUGGCCAGAUUAAAUAAGACAGACACCACACAAGGCGGAUUAACUUUGGCACCAAAUUAUCUUAAUAACUGUCCAAAGCAGCCUUACUUUGACCACUUUUUCCCUUAGAAAAGUAAAACUGCAGUUUGGUUUGAUUGUUGUCUUGUAAAAACUGCAAAAUUAAAACUAAUGUGAAGACAAAGCACCAUCAGCAAGUACACAAAAAAAGAAGUCUGCUCUGUUUUUAAACUGAUGUCCCAGUUUAGCAUUUUGAGACAGACAAAAGGAUAGGCACAGACAUGCAUACACAUGUAGGCAUGAACACACACACACACACACACACACACACACACACACACACACACACACACACAAACAACAGUUAAUCAAACACUGAAAUGACAAAGCUUUAAAGCAGAACCUAAUGAGAACUAAUACAGAAACAUUGAUGAUUACUUUUACGUUUUAUGCCAGCUAUUCUCAUUUUGUCAUAGACUAGUAUGUCUUUGAACUUUUACUGUAUUUAUGUCUUCUUUUUGAUUCUGGUUUAUUUAUUUGUAUAUCAGAGUCUUUGCUGCACUUACAUCCAUGUCUGUCUUGUGUUUUUGUCCCUCAUCCUCAUAUGAAACUCUUCUGUUUGUUUCCUGCACAAGCAGUGCUAUUAAGUCUUUUUGAGAAUCUAAUCAAUACAGUAGUUUAUUAAGAAAAAUACCAAAGUGUGUCUUUAUUGAAUCUGAGUUAAAUGGUACCCUGUGAGAGGGUUUGAACACUAGUUGGAGUGGAGACCUAUUUUGGUGAGCAGGUCCCUGCUUUGCACUACUAUAACAUUGUUGAAUUCAUUA